AUGACCACCUCACACAGUACUCCCAGUGUCACCUCUUCAAUCCCCACCACCAAGACCACCUCAUGCAGUACUCCCAAUUUUACCUCUUCAAUCACCAGCACUGAGACCACCUCACCCAGUACUCCCAAUUUCACCUCUUCAAUCCCCACCACCGAGACCACCUCACACAGUAAUCCCAGCUUCACUUCUUCAAUUACCAGCACUGAGACCACCUCACAUAGUACUCCCAGUGUCACCUCUUCAAUCCCCACUACCGAGACCACCUCACACAGUACUCUGAGCAUCACCUCUUCAAUCUCUACCACUGAGACCACCUCACACAGUACUCCCAGCUUCACCUCUUCAAUCUUCACCACAGAGACCACCUCACACGGUACUCCCAGGUUCACCUCUUCAAUCCCCACUACUGAGACCAGAGAGACCACAGAGACCACCUCACACAGUACUCCCAGCUUCACCUCUUCAAUCACCAGCACCGACACGAUCUCACACAGUACUCCCAUAUUCCCCUCUUCAAUCCCCACCACUGAGACCACCUCACACAGUACUCCCAGAUUCACUUCUUCAAUCACCAGCACCGAGACCACCUCAGCCAGUACUCCCAGCAUCACCUCUUCAAUCUCCACCACUGAGACCACCUCACACAGUACUCCCAGCUUCACCUCUUCAAUCUUCACCACAGAGACCACCUCACACAGUACUCCCAGGUUCACCUCUUCAAUCCCCACCACUGAGACCACAGAGACCACAGAGAUUGCCUCACACAGUACCCCCAGCUUCACCUCUUCACUCACCAGCACCGAGAUGAUCUCACACAGUACUCCCAUAUUCACCUCUUCAAUCCCCAGCACUGAGAUCACCUCACACAGUACUUCCAGCUUCAUCUCUUCAAUCUUCACCACAGAGACUACCUCACACAGUACUCCCAAUUUCACCUCUUCAAUCACCAGCACUGAGGCCACCUCACACAGUACUCCCGGCUUCACUUCUUCAAUCACCAGCACUGAGACCACCUCACACAGUACUCCCAGCUUCACCUCUUCAAUCUUCACCACAGAGACCACCUCACACAGUACUCCCAGCUUCACCUCUUCAAUCACCAGCACUGAGACCACAGCACACAGUACUCCCAGCUUGACUUCUUCAAUCACCAGCACUGAGACCACCUCACCCACACUGAAACCACCUCACCCAGUACUCUGA